UUUAUCUACGAAUGCCAUACCUUAGCCCCACAAUCCAACCUAUCCUGACGAUAGUUUUUGCAGACUACUAUGUUCGUUGUCGUUUUACUUUCUUUGGUGGGAACAUCAUUUACAAGUUCUCUCAGUUAUAGAGGUGGACAUCACUCGGCUUUAAUCAACUGUCCGACGUGUGAGCAUCACAUUUGUGAUGUCAAUAGCCUGAUGCAAUGUGAAGUUUGUCAAAUUGUCAUACCCCACAAAGAUCAACCACCACAAAAUGUCAAAUGUGCCCAGGCUGGACAUUGUCAUGAGGACCACCACAACUUUUGCUGUGAUAACGAAGGAUGUGUAGAAUCGAUCUUUGGAAAACUUGGAUCUACAGCAGUCCCGAAUCCGACAGCAGCAUCUACUAUUGGAUGUCCAAGCUGUGAAAAGGGAAACUGUGACUUCAUCAAUCGAGAUCAAUGUUUUAUGUGCAAAUUUGAUUUGCACGAUGGGCAAAUACCUCAUGUUCAUUGUCUCAAAGAAAAUGAACAUUGCGACCCCACUCAUCACAACACUCUUUGUUGUUCAGACGAACAAUGCAUAGCACAGGCAUUUGGACAGUAUUAUCCAACCUCCCAUAGCGUUACCCCGACAACUACUGCUGCUACUACGGAUUACCCCACUACCUCAACUGCAUCCUCAACUAUCAAUUUUACUAAUGAUGCUCCUACUACCCCAACUGCAUCUGCAACAGCUACCACUCCUACAAGUGGUGUUCCUACUACCUCAACUGUAUCUUUUGUCACUACCGCUCCACCUACUUCUCCUGAUUCUUCUUCUGUAUCUUCAACAAUCACUGAUGUGAACAUUUCAACUGAUAAUGUCUCAUCUACUACAUCUUUCGACACGGCUGCUACUAGCUUAUAUACAGCAUCUACCUUUACUGAUCUGAACCAGUCAUCUGCAUUGCCAUCUUCCAACACUACUGCUUCUACUCUUUCUACAACUUCUCAAGGUCAAGGAAACUGCACUGAUGAUAUAAAUAACUGUGAAAUAUGGUUAUCAUACGGUGUAUGCCAUGCCCUUCAAGAACAAACGAGCAUGUAUGCCCUGGCUUUACAAUGUAAAGCUACUUGUCAGCUUUGUACAGAUUCGCAUUGAAAAACUCAAGAGAAAUGUCUUUACAGUUCUUGUACUGUUGUUGAUAUUCAUAAAUAAGGAUGUAAAAGUU